AUGUUCGACCCCCAGUACGGCAACGCGCAUGCACAUUCCGUCGAUCAGCCUGUCGUUGACGUUGCUGGUCAACACGACGAGAGUUGCUACGCUGCAGGGCAGUGUGCCCCAGCUCAACCCCCGUUCGCCCCCUCGGACGCGCCUUUCGGAGGCGAAUACAGCUUUGCGCCGCUAUGUCACCCCCAUGAGCCACAUCUACUCAGACCGCGGGUGGAAAUGCCGCUCCCGAGUCCCGCCAUCCCAGGUUUUGCGGUUCCUCCAAGCAUCCCCGGUCAACCACCUGAUGAUUACGACACCAUCUCUAUCACCACACACCACACCCACCACACCCACCACACUCAACAUACCGAUGCUCCCCGUUCCGAGUUCCUGAGCCCCGGUUUUCCUGAGGUUCCUGGUACAUACCCGUCUUCAACAUGUGUCGAUUCGCGUCUGUCAUCGGGUCAUACCUCGAUGAACAGCCUGAACGGUCCACUACCGCCACCGAUACCCGCUUCUUCUGUGCCGAUGCACCCACACCAGGGCCAGAGGAUGUCGCAAUUCUCUCAACCUACUGCGGGGGGCCGACAGCACUCGCUCGAUACUGAGCUCAUCGACACUGAUGAUUACCACCACAGCGGCUGCUUCUCCUUCCUUCGUCGAUGGGGCAAGCCGCGAACUGCUUCCGGUAUCCCCAAGGGCAAGUCCGACCGUCCGGUCGAAGGGUCGAAGAAGCCGAAGCCGAAGCCGAAGCCGAAGCGCCAGUGAAGCCGAUCACCUUCAAUUGUGAAUGACAGCAAACUCACCACGCGCCCAAAAACCCCGUUCCCAAAAACGAACUAUACCGCAGUAACCUUGAAUCUAGCUCUUGACAUAUACGCGUUCAGCGCUUAAUCAUUGCCAAGGUCAAGGGCUGCCAUCAAAGAUCGGACAUUGACGCGACACC